AUGGCUGGCGAAGUGCAGAAGGAGGCGAGUGCUUUCCCGAGCCUGGCAAGCCUUUGGCCCUUUGCAAGCGAUGCAAGUGCUGGAGCUACAGGUGAAGCCGCAGCAGAGACCGCGCCAGAGUCGAGGAAUGCCGCUGUCAAGCCUGCAGAGGAAUCCCCGGCAGUGCCCAGCCAAAAGCUCGGCAAUACGCUGCGCCCGCCAUCGAGCUCUGACGACGCGGAAGCAGCGGCUUCGCUGCCGUUGCCUACCUCUCGGUCGCUCCGCGAGUCUGCCAUGUCUUCGACACCCCAAGGGUCGCCGUCGAGCAGGCAGGGCCCUGCGGGCUACAGAGAAAGCUCCGGCGAGCCUGGAAGCCCGGGCGCGCGGUUAUCUUCAGCGUGA